UGGAAAUGGGAGGAACCGGAACUGGAGGUGCCCUCCUCCUGGGAGCAGGAGUCAGCGCACAGCUCUGGAGGCACGCGGGCGGCUCACCCUGGGCGGGAGCCACCACCAUCCAGAGCCCUGCUUGCUGUGACGUGCCAGGGAAGGUGAAACGUGGUGACUGCUUGCCAAGGACAACCAGGCGACACCCAGUGUGUGCAGAUGUGCUCCACCUUCCUCUCCUCCGUGCAUGCUGGCUCCUCUUGCUGAAAACAGCUAAGCCAGCUGCUCAGAUUUCGUAGGAUCCCAGCACUAUAUGGACCUCUCUAGGGACAAGCUGACCUCCUACUGAGAACUUCAGUUCCCAGCCCCUGGCAGGCUUUGUAGCCUCGGGACUGCUUGUGGCAACAGUUCUUAGAAAGCACGAGUCUCUCCCACAGCAGCGUCUGCCCAUGCCUGCUUCUACCAACACCAAGGAAGACCCGGUGAGGCCCCAGCCCUGGGGCUCCCGAACAGCCUGAACCCUGAGGCUGCUCCUUCUGUCUUCAGAGCCCAUUUUAUUUGUAUCCGGAAGCACAGAAAUAGUGGAAGCAGCCAGGAGGAGCAUCAAGAGAAAAUCUAAAAUGUUCAAUAACACUCCUGGUGGUGGCUGCCAUAGAGAACACUGAGCUCAUUGAAGAGCUUUGUAAUUGCUGGACUCAUUUGUUUCAUCUUUCUGGUGCAGCCAAGGAGGGAUCGCUGUGCAUCUGGGGCAAGGAGGGAGGUGUGCACAAGAGCCUCCAAGGCCGUUUUGCUUGGCUCUGACUCACCCUGACUCUCCAGUGAAGCAGAAAGGAGGAAACAUCACAGCAUUCAGACGGGCACAGCUUUUGGCCUUAAUUGCGAAAUCCCCAUCAUCCCUUCCCAAGUACUCCUUUGCCUUAGCUGUGCUUUAAUUAAGAUCUUUGGGUCAAGGAAAGCUGUAGAGGACAUAGGAUGAGGCGGGAAGAGGAGGAAGAGGAGGAAACAAGGAUGAAGGCAAAAGGGGACUUACACAUGAAGGAGGAGCAGGAGACCAGUGAGAGGCGAGAACCUUUGGCAGGUGCCAUGCCCACCCCUGUGCCCCACAACAAGGGGAGCCGGUUUUCUGAGGCAUGGGAGUACUUCCACCUGGCCCCAGUUCGUGUGGGGCACCACCCCAACCAAUAUGCCACCUGCCGCCUGUGUGGCAGGCAGGUAAGCCGUGGCCCUGGGGUUAAUGUGGGCACCACAGCCCUGUGGAAGCACCUGAAAAGCAUGCACAGAGAGGAGCUGGAGAAGAGUGGCCACAGCCAGGCAGGGCAGCGCCAGGACCCUAGGCCCCAAGGGGCCCAGCUCCCCGUGGGCAUUGAGGGUGACUGGGCCAGGCUCCUGGAGCAGGUGGGGGCUCUGGCUUUGUGGGCCAGCCAGAGGGAGAAGGACGUGCUCAGGAGGGAGCGCGCAGUGGAAUGGCGGGAAAAGGCCGUGGAGAGGAGAGAGCGAGCCCUGGAGGAGGUGGAAAGGGCCAUCCAGGAGAUGAAGUGGAAGGUGAGGGCUGAGAAGGAGGCUUGCCAGAGGGAGGACGACCAGCCCGCGGCAGCCCAUCCCUUCCAUUUUGUUUAAACCGGUCUUGGGGGAAUCUAUUCUGAAAACAAUGACUUCAUACUCAGAGCAAAGAGCCAUUUGCUUCCAGCUUAAAUAUGAAGUAGAGCAGUUUAGUAGGAUUUUGUUUUUAAGAGAAAGAGUGCUUAGUAUGGGCUACUCUCAGUAAGACUUGAGUUGACCAAAUACUUAUCUACAGGCUCCUAGAGCUGCACUGAUCAGAACUGCUAAAUGUACUAACUAAACGUGUGACCUGGAGAUUAACGUUGCUUUGCCACCAUGGGUCUGUGAGUUUGGGGGCAGGUGCACCAGCCCGUCUGACUGAGAGGGAUGGGAUUCACGCCUAGCUCUCGGUUGUAGUCAAGCUGAAGGUUUUGAUGGUCAAGGAGGUCAGGUAGCUGGAAUGUACCUACGUAAGCAUCACUGUAAGAGAAGCCAACACCAGGAGAGCUGAGACUUCCUGGGAUGGAGGAGUUUGCACACAUCCUGGUGGGGAUCUGAGAACUGGAUACAAAGCUUGUUCUAUGGGGCCCAAAGGUGGAGGGACACAGAAGGUCGAGGCAGAGAUCUCUGGCCCCUUCCAGCGCAUAUCUUACUCCCGCUGUUGCAGUGUCAUACCGCUUGCUGACAUUAAAGCUCUGUCACCAGUGUGACCUGUCUAAAGCCUGUAAGUCUUUUCAACAACCUAACACGGAAGUGAUUAAUGUGUAAUUAGCACAGAGAGAAUUAAACUCUUCAACUCACUUGAAUUAAACAUUAAGAAUAGAGGAUAUACAAAUUUAUUCAUAAAUAUUUAAAAAUAGAAUCCAAUUUCAUAUUAUGGUCUGUUAAAGCAGAAGGAGUUAGGGAGAUAUGAAAGAAACUCAGAAAGAUAAAAAGGUAGAGAGGCAGAGUAAAUAAGGAGACAUAAAAAAGAGACACAGAAAAGAAAAAGAAAGAAAAAGGGUUAGGGGCAAGAGACCAAGACAGGAAAAGAGAGACAGAACCUUAGGAAAAAAUUCACCUUUGAAAGGUAGGAAACCAUGAAUGGGAGAGUGAAGGGCAGAGAACAUUUUCUUAGAUCCUGAGGUCAAUUUUAAUGAGUUAAGUUGCUUUUGUUUUGUCCCCACAGAAUGGAGACCACUCAUUUAUUUGAGCAGUGGGUUUUGGAUUUUAUUCUGGCCUCUGAAAUACUAACUGUAUGCCAAUCCACUGAUCUCUGAUUUUUACUUAAUUGUUCAUCUUUAAAUACUCUGAGAUGCUUUGAAAAAAGGAGCUUAACAGUCCAUAGGGAAAGAAAAAUUCCCUGGGCUGCCGAGGAGAUGCCUAAAAUGUUCACUCAGGAAUGGCAAGUAUAACUGGAAACUUCUCUCGCCUUUGUGCUGGAGCUGACAGUUGUUUGGGAUGAUGCCUCUGGAUCUUAUUGUUAUUUUUCUUUUAAACUAGAUUGGAGUUAGGAAGGGGUGGGGUGUGAUCUGGGAAGACGAGGAGAUAAAGAUAGUACUUCAUUAUCUCGUAGAGAGCCCCAGUGCUUUUUGGACACUGCUCUCCCAAAAAAAGCAGACGAGAUCCUGGUGCAGUACUGCAUCUGGCCCUUCUUGGUCCUCACCUGUAUGGCUCCUUUUCAGUGCUUGUUCUCAGAUGCAUCAGCAGCUCUAAUGGCUCGAUCUGUAUUUCCUGCAAACAAACACAUGUCCAAACCCCAGGCUUGUGAAAAAUCCAGGCUGUGCUUUAGUCCUGUAAUCCCCUUUUUUCUAGAAGCCUAUCUCAUGCUAAAGAUUUCACUUCUCAUGUGGUUUCCCCACAGGGGUGUGGUGGCCCUUUUAGGGUCCCUCCAGCUGUGGUGAAAGCUCAGGGGCUCACCACUGCAAAUGAUGAUGGCAGCGGGGAGUCAUAUGGAUGGGCACUCCCACUCAGAGCCUUGCUGGAACACAAAAUGCUGGAAGAAAGGAAGGAAGGAAGGAAGGAAGGAUGAAAGAGAGGGA